GGGCUAAAUGUUAGUUCCCAUGGCCGUGAACCAACCACUGGUUGCUCCGAGCCCUACGGCGGUAUAUUCAGCCUUACCAUCAGUUGGAGAGCGGACAGGACUGAAGUCAUGAACUAUAUUAAUCACGGCCUCCUCUUUCAAAUUUCCUGAUUCCAUACAUCCUCAAUCAAACUACUUUUUUUGCCUCUUAAGAUGAACUCCCAGAGAACGGCAUAUUUCGGCGCCACAGGCGGAUGUGCAAACGCAUGUCUGGCCUUCUCUCUCCAACAAGGGCUCAAAGCCGUCGCACUGGCGCGGACGCCCAAGAAAUUACACGAUAUGCUGCUGGCCCAAGGAAUCAGCGACGAAACCAUCAACGCAAAGCUGAUUAUUAUCCAAGGCGAUGCCACCGACAUCGCAGCCGUCAAGAAGACCUUGAUGUCCGGUGACCAAAGAAAGCUCGUGGACAAGAUCGUCUCUGGUGUUGGUGCCCGGCCUGUGAUGCAGCUUUCCCUGACCACUCCGAUCAAAAUGGAUAAUCAGCAUAUCUGCGAGCAAGCCAUCACAACCAUCAUCCAAGCGCUUGGGGAGAUAUAUGCCGAGUAUCCCGACGAGCGACUGUGCAAACCUGUCAUCACCGUUAUCUCAUCGACGGGUGUGGACGGUCCGGACGAUGUACCGUUUGGUUUCAAGUCGCUGUAUUCCGUCCUUCUUGCAGUGCCCCAUGAAGAUAAAAAAAAGCUGGAGGAGUUGGUCAAGGCCGAUGAGCUGAAGGAUGAAUCGUCUAAGGCUUUUGGUGGAGCAGUGAUUGUUCGUCCGUCAUUGCUCGUCGGAGACCAUCAAAUCGCUAGCAUUGGGUCAAAGAAGCUCCGGGUGGGAACAGAGGAGAGUCCGCCUAUUGGGUAUACAGUGCAUCGUGCUCGUGUUGGCCAAUGGAUUUUCGAGGAAGUUGUCACCAAGACCGAGGUGGACUGGGUGGGAAAGAUUGUGACUUUGACUUAUUGAGGAGGAUUCUGUAUGCUCUUGUUGUCAUCUGUUGUUUUUGUGAUACUCCGUUUGUUCUGCGCGUUAUGUUAUAUACUUAAAUUAGUUAGGAAUGUAUGAUAUUAUAGUGAUAAUUAGGAAUCUAAAAGCCUAUCCGGCCGACCAGGAGGCAAAGAAGCAUGGAAUAAUAUGUACUUAUAUGGAC